AUGGCCGACCCUAUCUCUCUCCUCACGGCGACUGAUGCCAGGUUCCACAUCCACCUCAUCAUCGGGUCGAAUCCUCUUGCCGCCGCCCGCUGCAGCCAAUCCCUAAACGUCGGCGCAUUACCGGUACUACUUGCGCCCGAAACCGCCGAGCUCCAUUACGCAUUGCAGAAACGCGUCGAUGACGGGGAUGUAAAGUGGAUUAAGAAGGCAUUCGAGGACGACGACGUCCUCUCCCUGGGACGGGAAGAGGUCGACGGGGUGGUGGAUGCAGUCUUUGUCACUUCGGGGCCGCGGGAGCCCCUGAGCGCACAUGUCGCGACCCUGUGCAAGCGGCACCGGAUACCUGUCAACGUUGUCGAUUCUCCACAGCUCUCGAGCUUCAGCCUGCUCUCGUCGCAUACGGACGGCCCGCUGCAGAUCGGUGUUACGACCAAUGGCCGUGGGUGCAAGCUGGCUUCGAGGAUACGUCGCGAGAUAGCAGCCUCCCUUCCCCCAAACCUGGGUACAGCAUGCGUACGACUGGGCGACGUUCGGCGUGGAAUACAAGAAGAGGACCAGCUGUUGCACCACGCGCUUGCAGAUGGUGAGGAUUUGGAUGAUUCGCUGGAUCAAUCCGCUACGUUCAAUAAACUGGUCAUUGAGGCGGACUUGGACGCGGUGAAGCAUAGGCGCAUGCGGUGGUUGAGCCAGAUCUGCGAAUACUGGCCUCUGAAGCGCCUCGCUGCCAUCAGCGACGAGGAUGUCGCCGCCAUAUUGAAAUUAUAUGCUGGCACCGAUGCCGCCAACCCCAUCGGGAAGCCCACGUCCCCUCAGGGUUCAGUGUUGAAAGGCCGGGUCAUCCUUGCGGGCUCGGGGCCCGGACACCCAGACCUGCUCACACAAGCAACGCACAAGGCCAUUCAGAAUGCCGACCUCAUCCUUGCAGACAAGCUUGUACCUUCAGGCGUGCUUGACCUGAUUCCGCGGCGAACUCCAGUUCAGAUCGCAAGAAAGUUUCCGGGCAAUGCCGACGCUGCACAAGAGGAGCUGUUGGAGUUGGCUUUAGCUGGCGUGCGGGAGGGCAAGACUGUUUUGCGCCUUAAGCAAGGAGAUCCGUUCAUUUAUGGCCGCGGUGGUGAGGAGGUGGCCUAUUUUAGACAACAUGGUCUUGGCGAUCGCGUCGUUGUGUUGCCCGGCAUCACGAGCUCCUUGUCAGCACCCUUGUUUGCUGGCAUUCCACCAACGCAGCGAGACGUGGCUGAUCAGGUCCUCAUCUGUACCGGCACGGGUAAAAAGGGGAAACCCCCUAACCCACCAGAGUACGUUGCUAGUAGGACGGUGGUGUUCCUGAUGGGGCUUCACCGUAUCUCUGGUCUGGUGCAGGAACUUACGGAGUACACCGAGAACGAAACAAUGGUUCUAGAAGAGGAGCGCAAGCAAGGCGUGCUUGACAUGAAUGCGCAGCAGAGCGUCCCACGAAGGGCGCUCUGGCCCCCGCGCACUCCUUGCGCCGUCAUCGAGCGCGCAAGCUGCCCUGACCAGAGGGUGAUUAGGACGACACUCGAUAGAGUCGUUGAGGCGAUUGAGCAGGAGGGGAGUCGGCCGCCUGGCCUAUUGGUCGUUGGCAGCGCUUGCGAAGCGUUAUGGAAGAGCGAGAAGGGCCGUAGCUGGGUAGUUGAGGACGGGUUCAAAUCCCUAGACUUGACCGAAAGCCUUGACUUGACAUCGUUAAAUCCUAUUGAGGCAUGA